GUCACUCUGAUCUGCGCUAGUUAUUUGUUUACAUAUUUUCAUUUGUUUUUAUUUUGGAAAAUAUUAAAAUGUCUGAGUUCGACACGCGACUUAUUGAAUUGGUCAGGGCUAAUCCCAAGCUUUAUGAGCGGGAACUUAGGAGCACACCCUAUGAAGCCCACAAGAAACGGAACUCGGAGAUUUGGCGCAGUAUCUCCACAUCCUUGAAUACAGAUGUUAGUGCCUGUGUCAGUCGAUGGAACCAUCUGGUGGCCAAGCAGCGUCGCGAGUUGGCCAAAGAAAAGUCCGGAGGCACUGGCUCCGAUUGGAACCUCCUGCCCCAUCUGCACUUUCUGCAGCCUCAUCACCAUCCCAUUAAUCAUCGAAAUUCAGGGGAUUUGAGUCGGAACUCACUGAAAUCCAUCGAGGAGGUCCACGACGAGGAGGAUCCGCUGCAGGAGGCCAUGGAUGAGCAGUUGGCCGUGGCGGGAGCACCACCGCCACCCGCAAAUCCUCAGCCUCCAGCAGCCGCUGCUACCGUGAGAGCAGAGAAAAGGAUUGAGGCCCUGCUUGAAGGACUGGGAGAGGCGAACCGCGUAAAGGCGGAGAAAAGGAUUCUGGCCUACCUCUGCAAAUGCAAUCUGCGCGCCCUCAACGACGAGCAAAUCGAUGAUAUAGUUAUAUAGGAAGAUUACCAGGAUAGGAUAUAUUAGGUCACUCAAAAACUAAUUAACAUUAAGUUUUUUCCUAUAUCUA